AUGAAUUUAUCGACAGACGAAAUUCUGCAAAUCAAGAUUGUUAUUAUCAAUGACGAAGAUGAUUAUUAUCAACAAGAUAAAUUUACAUGGGAGGAUUUUCACGCCCCUAAGCCAGUGAAAUUUCCAGAUUUAGAAAAUACUAUGAAUUUCUGGAUUAGUAGAGUUAGUGCUCAAGGUCUUAUUAUUACAGAUAAAGUGGUUAAAAAGCAAAAGUAUUUGCUGAAAAAUUAG